AUGUCUUCGAUUCUCGAGAGCAUCAACUCCACCGUCACCCCCGCGGCCUCCUACAUCGGCACCUACGCCAAGCUGUCCGACGCCCACGCCGACACCCUCAACAUUGUCGAGCGGGUGUGGGCAUCAUACUUUGUGUGGUGGGGCAAUGAUCUCAUUGCUUGCGGCAUCUUCAUUUUCCUGCUGCACGAGAUUCUCUACUUUGGCCGGUGCGUGCCCUGGAUGAUCCUCGACCAGAUCCCCUACUUUCACAAGUGGAAGAUCCAGGGCGAGGCCAAGGUGCCCUCUGUGGCCGAGCAGUGGGAGUGCAUGAAGUCCGUGCUCAUCUCGCACUUUAUGGUCGAGGCCAUCCCCAUCUGGGGCUUCUACCCCGUCUGCAAGUACGCCGGAAUUUCCAUCGACGUGCCCUUCCCCUCCUGGAUGAAGAUCUGUGCCCAUCUCGCCCUAUUUUUUGUGCUGGAGGAUACCUGGCACUACUGGCUGCACCGAGGCCUUCACUACGGUCCCUUCUACAAGCACAUCCACAAGCAGCACCACCGAUACGCCGCUCCCUUUGGUUUGACUGCCGAGUACGCUCACCCCGUUGAGGUGGCUUUGCUUGGUGUCGGAACUGUGGGCAUCCCCAUUGCCUGGGUCAUGCUAACCGGUGAUCUCCAUCUCUUCACCGUGUCUGUGUGGAUCGCCCUGCGACUCUUCCAGGCCAUCGACGCCCAUUCUGGCUAUGAGUUCCCCGUGUCUCUGCAUCACUUCUUGCCCAUCUGGGCCGGUGCCGACCACCACGAUGACCACCAUCGAUACUUCACCGGCAACUACGCCUCGUCGUUCCGAUGGUGGGACUUUGUGCUCGACACCGAGGCCGGUCCCGCCGCCAAGGCCGAGCGACAGCAGCGACUUGCCGCCAAGGCUGCUAAGAAGGCCAAGAAGCAGCAGUAA